AUUUGCCUAUGCCAAGAACAACCAGCGCGGAAACACCAUAUACUGGAACUGUCGGAGCCGACGUAACGGAAAAAAUCCGUGCAACGCUCGAUUAUCUAUUACAAGGCUCCCGAACGGACUGUACAAGGUUUGUCUGUCCCAGCCGGAGCACAAUCACUUGCCUUCCCAGCGCCUAUGUAGAAAAAAGCAGCGUGGCCAUCUACUCGGCCACAUCCCGGGGAAGAAUGCAACUGAUAUACGGCGGUCAGCCGUUCAUCUUUGAGAAGACCCUUAAACUAUCUUCUGGGGAAGAGAAGCGCUUUUGGCGUUGCAACCAAUGGUGGAACCAGAAGUGCCGCUCCAGAGUUUACACCAUCAACGAUGUCGUCUGUCCGCUCAACCGAUUCCACACGCACGAGGAGAUUGUGCGGCGCAAGAAGCGCGUGCGUAGAGUACCACCAGUGGAGACAAUUGCCAAAGUGGUCACCACUUCCGCCAGGCAACAACAGCCGCAGCAGACCCAGCAACAACAAGAGAUUCAGCUGACCAGCGAUGCUAUGCUGACUACCGCAUUGGAGGACGAAUCUCCUGCCACGAUCGAUGUCAGCGAGCUAGGAAUGCACCUGAAGUACGAGGAGAUUGUAGCAGAUGUCACGGGCAUUGUGGGAGCCACCCGUGUGGUCAGCCGCCGAAAGUGAAGUCGCAGUUCUUACGCUAUUUUUUUCUUGACGAAACAUCUCUGAGGCAGAUUUUACUCCAUAGAAAAUUUGAAAGAAUAUCAUUUUUGCACUGGCCAAGUCAGUACAAGCUAGAUAUUUUUGUUGAAUUUAAAAAAAGGCUACCUUUAAUUCUUAGCCAAUAUAAAAUAUUUUUAAUUAUUAUUUUAAAAGUAUUUUUAAUUUAUUUUAUUAAGCAUUUGGAAACAUUUUCCAAGGUUUUCUUAUUUUAUUUUAUCAAACUUGAUGAUUGCCUCAAAAUUUCACAACCGAAGUUUAUGAAAAUCUAUGAUUAAAUUCAGCUCCUUUUAUAUUUCCUUUAAAAACUGACUCAUCUUAGUCCCUUAUUAUGCGUAAAUAUUAAUAAAAACUGUGUUUUAGGAAACGGAAAAGCUAAGUUAGCUAUUAUGAUUCAACUUAUAAACACUUAAAUGUAUGUAAAUUAAAUAAACGUAAGCCUUCAACAGUGCAA